AUGAAGGUUCCACCUGGGCUUUCUGUUUCCUCUCCUUUCUCUUCUACAUCAUCCUCCCCUUUGUUCAAAAUCAAAGAUUUGGGUCAUGUUCACUAUUUUUUGGGUCUAGAGGUUUCUGCUACCCCUGAAGGGUUUCUUAUAUGCCAGCAGAAGUUCACUUCUGAUUUAUUGGCAGAGUUCAAUUGCCACCACUUUACCCCUGUGGUUACUCCCCUAGAUCCUUUAGUGAAGCUGUGCACUGAUAUGGGUGCUCCUUUUUUUGAUCCCAGCACUUAUAGGAGACUUGUAGGCAAGUUGAAUGUUCUUCAACACACCUGGACUGACAUUGCCUUCUCAGUUCAGCAUCUUAGUCAGUUCCUUCAACAUCCCCAGGCUGCUUGUGCUCGGUCCAGGAAGUCUGUUAUUGGUUAUUAUGUCACUUUGGGAGGCUCUCCUAUUUCUUGGAAGAGCAAGAAGCAACCUACCAUCUCCAUCUCUUCUGCUGAAUUAGAGUAUAGGGCUCUCAAGAAGGUUGUUGCUGAGGUUUCUUGGCUAGUGAAACUCUUGGGGGAUAUGGGCUUCGUACUGUCUUCUCCCAUUCCCAUCUUUUGUGACAGCCAGACUGCCUGUCACAUUGCCAAGAAUCCGUUAUUUCAUGAUCGCGCUAAACAUAUUGAGAUUGAUUGCCAUUAUGUUCGUGAUUGUCCUGCUCAUCAUCAUUUGCUUUGCAAGCUUGGAGUGCUUCACCCUCCAGAUUGA